GUCGCCUGCCUUUGUGGAUAGCCUGCUAGGGGGCUGUUUGGUUUAUUUUUUUCAGGAAGGAAAGAGGUUUUCCUUUUGCAUAUCAGCCAUGUGCAGUAGCAGUAGCGGCAACAGCAGCAGCAUGAAGAGGAGAGGAGCAGAGGAAAGAGAGAAGGAUGCCAAGAAACAGAAGCUCCUUGAUGAACUUGGAGAGAGCUGGCUUCCCUAUUUGACGCCCAAGGAUGAUGGCUUCCAUCAACUGUGGAAGACAAAAUAUACAAAACUUGUCCUCAGAACUGCUGAGAAGAUUCCCAAAGAAGUUCAUGAAGAAGUUCAGGAAGCUUUUUUGACUUUGCAAAAGCAUGCUUGUUUUUUCCAAGACCUUGUAAUGAUCAAAGGGAAAGAUUUUGUUACCCCAGUAUCUUGGAUAUUAAUUGGAAACCCAGGUUGUACUUACAAAUAUUUGAACACGAGGUUAUUUACAGUCCCCUGGCCCAUGGAAGGUUAUGAAAUAAAUUAUUCCCAUCCUGAAAUAUCCAAGGCUUGUAAGGCAUUAAUCAGACUUAAUGACUACUUGCAUAGAGAAACCAUCCAGGCUUUGCAAGAGCAGAAUUUGGCCAAAACAAAAGAAAUGGAAGAUUCCCCUGUCACUGACAGGCAUCGCGAUUAUGCUACUUCCAUUACAGAAAUGAGGUCCUCUCCACAAGAUCAAAGCCCAUCUCAUGUCCCAAAGAAUGACUGUACCAGUCUGAAAGAGAGAACAUCUUACAACCUGUCGUUAUUAAAUUAUAUGGAUCCACAACAAAUGCCGUUCUUGAAACAAGAGCCUUAUUUUGGAAUGGGGAAAAUGGCUGUGAGCUGGCAUCAUGAUGAAAAUCUAGUUGAAAGGUCAACAGUGGCUGUCUACAGUUAUAGCUGUGAAGGCCCAGAAGAACAGAAGGAGUGUGACCCUGCUCUGGAUGGUAGAGACCCAGCUGUCUGGCAUGUUGGCUUGAAAGUCGCUUGGGACGUAAAGAACCCAGGAUUGGCUGUACCCCUUUACCAAGGAGACAGCUACUUUAUGCUAGAUGAUCUAAAUAUGACUCACCAGCAUUGUGUCUUGGCUGGCCUGCAGCCAAGAUUCAGUUCUACUCACAGGGUGGCAGAGUGCUCACAAGGGACCCUGCCUUAUAUUUUGGGCCAGUGCAAUAUAGCGCUUCAGAACUUGUGCGCUGAUACUGAUUUAAGAUCUCUGACUUUGAAAUCUCUGGAUGUCGGUGAUAUAAAGCGAGUAGAAGAAAUCCACAAUGAGGUUGAGUUUGAGUGGCUCCGGCAAUUUUGGUUCCAGGGCAAACGCUACAGGAAGUGCACUGAUUGGUGGGACAAGCCAAUGGCUAUGCUGGAAGAAUUUUGGAGGAAGAUGGAGCUCAUGACAAGUUUACUGCUCUGCAAAGUCAGAAAAGGAGAGCAGGUAGAGGAACAAAGAAGCGGAAGAAUUGGCGGCCUCUUGCCCCUUCUUGUGCAGCGUCAGGAGCUACGCCAGGAAUGGCUUGCAAGGUGCCAUUCCCAACUUGCACAGAAUUUACCAGAAGAUGAAAAGCCAGAGUGCCAUCCUUACUGGCAAAAGGUGAUGCCAGUAUGCCACUUCCAUUCAAUCUGGAAGACAUAA